AUGGCAGUUCUCAAUGUGAUAUCAAUAAUUGGAUUAUCGAUAAUUGCCAUAACUAUUAAAAGACAAUAUGAUCAUCAAAAUGUUGAAAAUAUUAAUAAAUUCAAUGUUAAUAAUAAAAAAUUUGAUUACAUUGUAGUGGGUGCCGGAGCUGCCGGUGCUAUAGUGGCCUAUCGUUUGGCUGAUGAAACCGGUAGUACAGUAUUGCUGUUAGAAGCGGGCGGUUCACAAAAUCUAUACAACGAUAUUCCCGCAUUACAAGAAAUAGUAGAAAAUGGCGUUCAAAACUGGAAAUAUCCGACAAACGAGACCCAACAUAUAGACGCCGGUCGGGUAUUUGGCGGCUCAUCGGCCAUCAACUCAAUGAACUACUAUCGCGAGUCACCCGAGUAUUAUCGAUUGUGGACUGAAAUUACUGGUCUGAGUGAAUGGACUUUCGACAAAGUGUUGCCUUAUUUUCUAAAAUCGGAAAACAAUUUGGACCAUAAAUUGGUGGCCGAAAAUUCGGGUUAUCAUCGCACAGGCGGUAGAGUAACUGUGACAAGUAGUGAGUCAAAUGCUAUGAUGAAACAGGUUAUGAUUGAAGCGGAAAUGUUAGGCCAUAAGAAAACGUUUGGUGACGGCAGGGAACCUAUGGGUGCAGCAGUUUUGCAGAAUACUAUUGAUACAAACAGAAGUCGGGUAUCAACGGGAACAGCAUUUUUGGAAAAUAACUGUUUGAAAAAUCUUAAUAUUUUAGGAAACUCUUUAGUAACAAAAAUUAUAUUCAAUAACCGAAAACAGGCCAUUGGUGUUGAGUUUUCGCGUUACGGCAAAAAAUAUCUUGUUUUUGCCAACAAAGAGGUCAUACUGAGCGUCGGCUCUAUAGGCAGUUCCAAACUGUUAAUGUUGUCGGGUGUGGGACCCAGGGAUCACUUGAAACAGUUUGGAAUAUCUGUGAUCACUGAUCUAAAUGUUGGCCACUAUUUUGUCCAUUCAAUGGGAACUAAUAUGAUUUUCGAUAUAAUUAAUCAAUCUAUGGUUAUGGCGCCAACAAAUACUUUUAAAAAUGUUGUUGAUUACUAUAUCCGACAUACCGGUCCACUUGGUUAUAAUCAGUCAACGAUAAUCUGUUUUCCUGAACUGGCCUACAGUCGCACAUAUCCCGAUCUCAGUAAUGGAUGUGUAAUGGCUCGCACCGGUCUAUUGGGCAAUCGUACAGUUUUGCAAUUCUUAGCCUUUCUUAGACGCCCGAAAACUAUUGGCCACAUUGAACUGACAUCGGGUAAUCCAUUUACCGCGCCUAUUGUCAAAACAUGCAAACUGUGCCAUAAAAGUGAUAUUGAUAACUUAGUCAAUGUAAUUAAAUUGGCUUUACCUAUAUUCACCAGUGACCACAUGAAACAGUAUAUUAAAAUCAAUGCCAUCGCUGACUGCUAUCCUUGUAAUGGUAACUAUUUUUGCGAUCAAUAUCUCCGAUGUAUUGUACAAAAAAACACAAAAUUACUGAUACCAUUGGGAGGCUGUCGUAUGGGUGUCUCACCAGACAACGGUGCUGUUGUCGAUAAAAAUUUCAAAGUAUUUGGUGUACAUGGACUACGAGUGAUUGACUCAAGUAUAAUACCGGUGCCCUGUGAACAGGGAAAUGCUAUAUCAAUGAUGAUUGGCGAAUACGGAGCCCAUACUGUAAUUGAAAAUAAAUAA